AUGGCUUCCACGGACCGCGAAGCACUGAUCACCCUGUUUCGUUCGGCCGGCGGGGCUCGAUGGUUUCGAAGAAACAACUGGCUCACAAGUGAUGGCCUAGCGACGUGGUAUGGAGUCGAGGUGAACGACCAGGGCCGAGUGGUCAAGCUUCGCGUGGAUGCGAACAAUCUCCGAGGUUAG